AUGUUUCAGGUGAAGUCGAAUGAUCAGCCAAAUCGUGUUGAAAUCAACAUGAAAGUAGUGGAAGUUUUGAGGCCUGAAGUCGACAAGUUGCAGCAAUUUAUGCUGUUCACGAAUGACGCAAUCUCACGUUUUUGCGAGGAAGUUCGACGUCUCUGUCACAUAGAAAAGCGAAAAGAUUUUGUCUCUGAAGCAUAUUUGUUGACGUUGGGCCGGUUUUUGAAUAUGUUCGCUGUGUUGGACGAAUUGAAGAACAUGAAGGCUUCCAUUAAGAAUGACUUCUCUGCCUUCCGAAGAUCUGCUCAAUUCCUUCAAGUGAUGUCGGAUACCCAGACAAUUCACGAUAUGCAAAAUCUGAGCAUGUUUUUAGCUACACAAAACAAGAUUAAAGAUGAUAUACGAGCAAAGAUGAUAAAGAUUGAAGCGUACGAAGAGCUGCUCGCUGACGUCAUAAACAUUUGUGCUCACAUGUUUGAAAGCCACCUUUACCUUGCUCCGUCAGAGCGACAUAUGUUCGUUAAAGUAAUUGCGUUCUCUCUCUUUUUAAUGGAUGGCGACACAGCCAAUGUUGCUAAAAUGGACCAGAAGAAGAGGUUGAACAUCAGCCGGUUGGACAAAAUCUUUAAG